AUGAUAGUGCAGAAUCUAAGAGAACUUUCAAUUGAAGCAUCCGUGUUAAAAGAACGGUUGCUUACUAACUUUUCACCAGAUGAUGCUUGUCCAUUAGGAGUCCAGUUGUCUCUUGAUACAACAAGAAACAUUUGCCAGUCUGAACUAAAGGAUGAUAAACAUUCUGAUAUGGUUGAUAUUCCACUAUUUACUAUUGAUGAUGGUAUUCCAGCUUGCGGUUUGGAAAGCCAAGCUAAUGCUGAUGCACAACAACAACCUGCAGAAAAUCGAAGCCUGAUUAGUGUUGAUGACAUUUUGGGUUCAGUUUUUGAGACAACACAUCAUGUAGGAAGAAUUUCUGUUUCAACACCUUCUAACAUGCCAUACAAAGAAAUGGCUCUCCAUUGUGAGGCCCUCCUCGCGGGAAAGAAACAAAAUAUUUCCACUUUCAUGGGUGCCAAUUCAUUACAUGGCUAUUCAUUCAGGAUUUUUGCUCCUACUAAUUACAACCAUGAAAAGGACGAACCCACAAAUUCCAAUGUUCAACAGAGUUUACCUUUGGUGAAUGGAAAUCCAUUCUUGGAUUCACCCAGCACAUUGCCAGAGACUGUUCCUAGGCUUCGUGCCACAUCAUAUCAGCAAGAGGAUGCAUUCUUUCAACUGCCAGCACCCCGCCCAUAUGUCAACUUCUUGAAGGCUACUGGUUGCUGA